AUGUUCGUCUCCGCACUCUGCGGCGUAGUUUCCGCGUACGAUUGCGCUGCGCCGUGUCAAAACCCCACGAACACGUCGUACAUCGUUCCUGCCUGCUCGCAAGCCUGCUCGAACUGCGUCGCGAUAACCUCUAGUGGUUGCGGUACUUAUUUCCAGCCCUUCUGGGUCGCUGUGACCAAUACUGCUACUGGCCAAACAACUCAAGUGUACCAGGGAGCGUCAUGUGGUCAGUCCUGCAGUAGUGGUCUCGAGUGGUGGGCCUGGCUGCUCAUUAGCUUUGCCAUUCUCUUUGUGUGCAUUGGCAUCGGUCUGUGCCUCUACUCGUGCCUGGAUAAGAGGGGCUGA